AUGCUUUGGGCCGAACGUUUGCCGUGGCUGCCGUUGCUGGUGACUGUGCAUUGCUUCGCCGAUGAGCAGCUGUGGGAGUUGCAUGCCAAGCUGGUGGAUGCCCAAGAUUAUCCCAAGCUGACUGAGAAAGUGUACCCUUAUUUGAUUACUCCAUCCUUACGGGCGUUCUCAGCGCACUUUUUUCUGGUGCUUCGAGAGCCUCACUUCAAUACCUGCCGCUGGACGAAUGCGAUUCGGAUCACAGAAGAUAUCGUGGAACUCGGUUUUUCGAUUGACAUGCUCCGCACAGUAAAUCGUUGUGGACCGGGAUUCGAUCACCUUUGCAAGUUUUAUGACGAGCCUUUGAUUCGAAGGUCACCCAAGCUCGAUGCUGUUUUCCGAAGCAAGGCACCCAACGGGUAUGUUGGCUUCUUGAUAGGGCGCUACUGGGCAGAAGAAGAACCAUUGUGCCCUCAUCAGCUGCAGAGCGAUGAGGAUCCUUUCAUUGUAAUGCAGCACCCAUUUCGCCGGCUUCACCCUAAGCCCGAUGUUUGGGGCGAAUGGUUGAGCAGGUCUUUGCAAUAUGCUGGGCUUGAUGAAUGGAAUCCAGGAAAUCCAGGGAAUCCGGAUGAGAUUGUCAAAAUGGCUGUGCAAGCCGCACCAGACGUGUGCAUCCAUAGUGUGCAAGAUGCAUGGUCCGCUUUGUGGCCUCAGGCGCCUCCAAAAUCGAUGAUUGUGCUUGGCUGCAGCGAUAUGAAUCAUGAUCCAACUUCCCCGCUGCUGGAGAAAGGAGCCGGUGGCCUGUUUAUUGACGUCAGCUCCAAGCUCAUAGAAAACGCCCAAAGAAAAUGGUCUGCACCGCAUCGCAUGAUUCUGAACAUCAAGGCCCAGCCGCACAACAUCGCUGAGCUUUUGAAAAACUACAGCUCCUAUGUGGAAGACGUGGAGGUCUUGCAGGUUGAUGUGGACACCAUGGAUGGACGUUUGGUAGAGGAAUUGCUUGCCCACACGAAACCUCGUGCGGUUGUCGUAGAGGUCCGAGACUCUUUGCCGUUCCCCUUCCGCUACGCCUGCCUUACCCACGACACGAAGCAUCUGCCUUGGGGAGGCGCCAACUUCGCUUUUUGGCUUCACCUGCUGCGUCGCCAUGGCUUGCACUUGGUGCGGAUGGACUUGCGAGAUGCUGUCUUUGCUCGCACGGAGGCUCCAACGAUCAGGACGUUCUUGGGGGCAAUGGCUUGCUACCUGCGGAAAUUUGUGCUGGUGCCGACGCCCCUUCAAGCCAUGGAGCUAUGGACGCGCAAGACAUUGCGGGAGAUAGACCGAAAGACUGUCCUGCGACACCAUUGGAUCGCUUCACACCCACCUGAUGUCAUUGAGGAGAUAUGGCGGAACAUGACGACAACCAGUCCUGAUGUUCGUUUCCACCUGGACGUUUGA